GCCCCGGGCGCAGGGCCGGUUUCGGGCGGCGGGGCCGGCUGUCAUGGAGGAGGUGGAGGGGCCUUGGGGGGUGGCGGGCGCUCCCCUGUGAGGUUGGCUGCGGCGGGAAGGAGGCCGGUAGCACCUCAGGAAGGUUUUUAAUAAGCGCAGCCUGUGCUUUGUCAGGACUCUGUUCAGAAUCUCCAUGUUGUCCCGAAUAGAUGACACUGCACUGAGAAGAAGCUGGGGACAUUCUGUUUGGGCCGUGUGUUUCCAGUAAGUGUUUAACUCUGAAAAAGGCAGGCGUGUAUCCUCCAAGAAGCAGAGGUACAGGCUAAAUGGAUCUAAAGACAGCAGUGUUCAACGCAGCUCGUGAUGGCAAGCUGCGACUCCUUUCCAAGUUACUGGCAAGCAAAACAAGAGAAGAGGUAGCCUUACUGAUGUCAGAGAAAACCAAUGGUGCCACACCACUUUUGAUGGCAGCCCGUUAUGGUCACCUUGACAUGGUGGAAUACCUGUUGGACCAUUGCUCUGCGUCAAUAGAAGUUGGUGGUUCGGUGAAUUUUGAUGGUGAGACCAUUGAGGGGGCUCCGCCGUUAUGGGCAGCAUCAGCGGCUGGCCACUUGAAGGUGGUUCAGUGUCUGUUAGAUCAUGGUGCGUCUGUCAACAACACAACUCUGACAAACUCAACGCCCCUUAGAGCUGCCUGCUUUGAUGGUCAUCUGGAAAUAGUAAAAUAUCUUGUGGAACACAAAGCAGACCUGGAAGUAUCAAACCGUCAUGGGCAUACCUGCUUGAUGAUCUCAUGUUACAAAGGCCACAAAGAAAUUGCUCAGUAUUUACUUGAAAAAGGAGCUGAUGUUAACAGGAAAAGUGUUAAAGGAAACACUGCGCUACAUGACUGUGCAGAAUCUGGAAGUUUGGAGAUCAUGAAGAUGCUUCUCAAGUAUUGUGCUAAAAUGGAAAAGGACGGUUAUGGAAUGACUCCCCUUCUGUCAGCUAGUGUGACAGGCCACACAAAUAUCGUGGACUUUCUGACCCAGCAUGUACAGACCAGUAAGGCUGAGCGCAUAAAUGCUUUGGAACUUCUAGGAGCAACAUUCGUGGACAAAAAGAGAGAUCUGCUUGGUGCUUUGAAAUAUUGGAAGCGAGCUAUGGAAAUGAGAUACAGUGAUAGGACUAAUAUCCUGAGCAAACCUGUGCCACAAACACUAAUUAUGGCGUAUGAUUAUGCUAAGGAGGUGAACAGCUCAGAAGAGCUAGAAAAUCUUAUUGCCGACCCUGAUGAAAUGAGAAUGCAAGCACUAUUAAUUAGAGAACGUAUUCUUGGCCCUUCUCACCCAGAUACAUCCUACUACAUUAGAUACAGAGGUGCUGUCUAUGCAGACUCUGGAAACUUCAAGCGUUGUAUCAACUUAUGGAAGUAUGCUUUGGACAUGCAGCAGAGCAAUCUUGAUCCGCUGAGCCCUAUGACAGCCAGCAGUUUACUGUCAUUUGCUGAACUUUUCUCCUUCAUGCUGCAGGAUAGGGCAAAAGGCCUGCUAGGCACUACUGUCACAUUUGAUGAUCUCAUGGGUAUACUGUGCAAAAGCGUUCUGGAAAUAGAACGGGCCAUGAAACAAAACCAGUGUCCUCCUGAUCCAAAUCAGCUGAACAAAGCCCUUUCCAUUAUUUUGCAUUUAAUUUGCUUGUUGGAGAAAGUACCUUGCAGCUCAGAACAGGAGCAUUUUAAGAAGCAGACUAUUUACAAGUUUCUUAAGCUUCAGCCUAGAGGGAAGAAUAACUUCAGUCCACUUCACCUUGCCGUUGACAAUAAUACUACAUGUGUGGGUCGCUACCCAGUUUGUAAAUUCCCCUCUCUACAAGUUACUGCUAUCCUGGUGGAAUGUGGUGCUGAUGUAAAUGUCAGAGACUCUGAUAACAACAGUCCAUUACACAUUGCUGCACUGAACAACCAUCCAGACAUCAUGAAUCUUCUUAUCAAGUCAGGUUCACACUUCGAUGCCACAAACUCGCAUAAACAAACUGCUAGUGAUUUGCUAGAUGAGAAUGAAAUAGCAAAAAAUUUAAUCCAGCCCAUAAAUCAUACUACGUUGCAGUGUCUUGCUGCUCGUGUGAUAGUGAAUCAUAAGAUAUACUAUGCAGGGCACAUCCCUGAAAAACUAGAGGACUUUGUUUUGCUCCAUAGAUGAUAGUCUGGAGUCUGAGUACUGUUUUUGAAGCACGACUUGAUGGUGAUAUUUUCCUUGAGCACUGUUGUGAUACACCAGCGUUCCUUUAGCUUGCUCCAUCUUGCUUUCAUUGGCUAAAGUGUUGUUAGUAUCAGAUCUGCAGAGUUGGUUACCCAGUAUUUAAUAUGAGUAUGCCAUAUAUUAUAUUUUGUGGAUUAUUUAGAAAUGUAAUGCCAUACUUAGACUCUUAAAAUUGUCUGCCAAAGGCUUGUCUAUUCUGGUCUUAUUUGCCUGUUGGGUGUUUGGGACUGAGUUGAGUAUUUUCCACUGACGUCUUUUUACUAUAACUGUUACAUGAAUUUUAUACAGUUGAAAGGUCAUCUCUUUUCUUUGUUUUGCUUGAGCAUUUCUACUUUUACUCUGUUCUUUUUCUAUGGACUCAUUGCUAAACUGUACAAGCUGUAUGGACUUGUUAACAUUUGCAACUACCAUAAGUGCUUUUAUCUUCUCUAUGCACUGGCUUAAACAUGACUGUUGUGUGUGAGCAUAUUUCUAUGCAGCACUUGGCCAAUUUCAACUUAAAUGCCAAUUUUGUUUUGCAGUUUGUUUGGAGCUCUUUUGAGAAUGCUGUCUUCAUAGCAUGAUGAAUUUUGGAGUUACUUAUCGGGUCUCCAAACUUGGGUUUGACUUCUUUUAACUGCUGUAAGUGAGGUUGCUUUCCUUUUGAUCCUCUGGAAAUUUGUCUUAAAUUGGGAGAAGAAAAUCUCACUUUUUGUCAUUUUAGUCCACUUGAACUUUAAAUUUUAAAAUUGUUUUAUUGCAUCGUGCAGUUAGGGGAAGAGUCCGUGUUAUGUACAACUGACACCUUCCCCUUUGCACUAAUGUCUUGCUUGUGCUGGUUAUGUGACUAGAUGUGAAAUUUGCUCAAAGUUUAACCUCAAACUUAAUGAUACACUUUAAUGAGAAAUAGAUCAAAUGUAUGCUGUAGUUCAAAAUCUUCAAAUCAACUUUAGCUACAAAAGAAACUAAAGCAUGUUGGUGGCAUGAUGCUUAUCAGUCCAGAUCUAGACAUCAUCUAAUACAGUAAGUGGCUGUGUGCCAGGGUACUGGAAGUUCUAUAGCAGUGUCCUUUCUACUUCAUUUUAAGUAUCUUUAUAAAUACUUGCAUGGAUUUUUCACCUCUAUUAUGUCAGCUGUACUUAACAAAAAGCAGAAGUUCUGUUGUGUAUAUAGCUCCUAAUUAAAGUACCUAUUUUUAUAAUAUUUGCACAACAGCUUAGCUUUUACAACAGAAAGGGCUCUUUUGACUUGACAAGAAAUCUAUAAAUGAAGAUCAUAAAUGUGAGUGCGAUUCAGGUAAUUAAUAAAAUUCAGCACUUUACUGUUGAUUAAUAGAGAAUUUAUUAUGGCACACUAGCCCUGAAAAUGUCUUAAAGUGAGAUACAUUUCUGUUGGAUAGAAUACAGUUUACCUGCAAGUUUAGUGGUCUAGCAUAUUGGAUAUUUUUGACUUGAUGUUUCAUUUCAGCGGUGGGCAGUAACUACACCUAUGGGGUUCUUUCUUAGAAAUUCAACAAGUUGAUUUUAGGCCUUUGUCAGUGAUAGAGAUAUUUAGAAGCCAAAUUAAUUAGAUAAAGGUGAAGUUGGUCUAGGAGGCACUUAUUUCAUAUUUCACUUUUAAGUUGGUGUUGGAACACUUUUGUCACUUGUGAAUUGAGGAAGAAUGUGUCUUCAGCAUAUAGGCAUAGUUCUUCCUUGCUUUGGGGAUGUUUUGGGGUUCCUUUUAAUGUACGUGGUGCCUACUAGCUUAGCCAUUCUUGGACAAAAUAUGGGGAUGUUUGUGUAUUGCCACUUUCAGACUUGUGUGUUUUUGAAGCAGCUUUCACCUGUUUGUCCCGUGCCACGUCUGCAUUGGAGGAAAUCCUGUUAGUUUCUCUUGCAAAUACACGGGAAUAAAAUUCUAUUCAAUUAGCUGAUUUUCUCUGAUUUUUAAUGAUUAAAACACAUGACACCCAAGUUAUCAUUUGUGAGAACAUGUGGUUUGAUUUUUUUGACUUUUUUUAACACUUUUCUACUAUUCUAAGGAGGGAUCAAUCAACAAAUCACAUCACACUGGAAAUGAUUCACAUUAUACUACAAGUCAAUUCUGUUUCUGUAGGUCACACAGAAUGGGGUUUUUAGAGCUUUACACUCUGGUAUUUGCACUGUUCUUUAGUGUCUUUAGUUUAAAUUUUUGUCUUUAUAACUGUCAAAUAUCCUGUUUAAAAUUAGUUGGACUUUAUUAGUCCAGAAAUGUUAUCUAAAAAUUUUUAAUUGUUCGUUUGGAGAACAUUCCCCCAAAAAAGUGUAUCACUAUUAAGUAUAUAUAAAUCUAGUGAAAAUUGCUGAGGAAAGCUUAUUCUGAUAGCUACUCUUUAAGAACAAACCAAUUUAAUAGGACAUACUGACAUAUUGUAUGUAGUUCUGUCUAAACAUCUACCAGUGUGCAUCACUCAUAACGACUAUCACCUCCAUGCAGAGUUUAAUUUUUCAUGGUGAUGAGGCUAUCUGCUGACCUCUUACCUUGCCAGAUACUUGGACUUAGGUGUUGGGGCAGGUGAGUUCAUGCAUUUAAUACCACUUUCAUUUAAUCCUGUAUGUUUACAUUACCCUGUUUAAUUUUUCUUAAUUUUGAAACAAAUUGGCACAGAGCCUGUGCUGGGUAAUGUGUUCAGGAUUUCCUGAUUAGGAGGGGGUUUGGGACAGCAGGCCUUGUCUGAGAUGCAUGUGCCACUAAGGCCUAUGCUAACGGGUAGUGGCAGUUUUGCCCCUCGGUCCCUUAUUCAACUAGUUUUGUCUGCACUUCUAUAUAGAUACUAACUUUCUGGACCAUUUUUUUUCCUUACUCUUGUUACUAUUCAGAAGUGGGUUUCACUAUUAUUUGACUAGUGAAACUGGAGUUUCACUUACAUUAGUGAAAGGUGUUCAUGCUAGAUGCAGUAGUGUUGCUAGUUGGACUCAAACUGUGGUAAGAAGGAACUAAAGAGCAUUCAGAACACAAUUGUUUUGGUUUUAUUGUGCUUUAACUCAUUUGUUUCCUGUUCUUCUUCCUGUUUGGGCUUUUUUUCCUGAUGAAAUGUACUGCUUCUGAGCUACCAACACAGAAGAAUGUUGAGAACACUGGGGAAAAAAUUGUAUGCCCUGCAGGGAUGAAACAGGUUUUAAAAUUUAUUAAACAGUUUACAGGAUGGCUUCUUAGAGACAAAGACACUGAUACCUCCUUGCUUGUUGAGACCUCUGAAGUUGUAUUUUUUGGGGAUAGGGGAUAAAUGCUCAAAGCAGUUUUUCUUAUCAUCUUAGGUUUCAGCUGAAAAACUUGAAUCAGUAGGAUAAAGAGUAUUCUCGUGUUUAAGAAAAAAAAACCAAAACAAACAAACAAAAAAAAAACCCCAAACCAACCAAAUUUUCUUACUAAAUUCUAAAAUUGCAUUCCUAUUUUUAUAUCACUUAUGCUGGUAACAAGAUUCCAGCUGUCUGUGGUGUCUGUUUUGUUCAAGUGCAGUGUGAAGACACUUGCUGAAAUGCAAGGCAACAGUGUGGUUAGUUUUCCAUAUAUAUUUUAAAACAGUCCCUGGGUACGAAGUAAUUUUGUGCAUUUCCUAAAUCCUCAAAGAACUCUUUUAACAACUGUUUUGCAACUGGUUAAAAUUAACUUCUUUCCAUUUUUACAAAACACUACUUUAAAAAACGAAUAGUGUGCUAUUCCUAAAAAAGGAAAAUAGAGUGCUAUAGCAAAAUUCUUACAGGAGGAUUUAUAAAAAGAUAAAAAUCUUAUGAGGAAAAAUGUGCCUCUCCUCAGUUUUAUGUCAACUGCAAGGUGACAGUGGCAGGAGAUAUGGCUGCUCUUGAAAUAGUUUCCUCAUGCUUUGAAAUACAGAGAGGAAUGCCUGUUAUACUCUAUAAGUAGACUAAACACUAAUUUCAAUCCCCUGUGACUACAGUGAAGUCAACUGGUAUUUAAUGCUUCAAAGGAAUUUUGGGGAAACUGGUAGACGUAGACUGCUCAUACCUAUUGGCUUUGGGUGUGAAAGUAAGUGUUGACCCCUCAGUGAGGACAGAAUGAAAAGCUGUUGUUGGUUUGGUUUUAACUAGCGUUGUGUUUGUGUUCCACUCUAUCUUAAUGACUUCCUAUGCAGGGCUAGCUCCGUGUUGCAAUUUCUUUUUUACGUGAAGUAAUUUAGCUUUAACAGUAAUGUAAAAAAGGAAUAACAAGGAUAUUUCUCUGCUCUUACUCUCUUCAGGCUCCAAAUGCAGAUUACAUUAAAAAUAUGUUUUGGAGAACACC